CCAGCCGUGCCCCUUGCCCUCACUAUGCCCAGAGCCUUCUUGGUGAAGCGCCGGAGCCCGCAGCCGGCAGUGCGCAGCUGGGAUGGGCUGCCCGACGAGGAGAGAGCCGACACCUACAUCCCAGGGGGGAUCGGCUGCGUGCUGCUGGGCUAUGAGGACAGCUGCAGCCUGGAGAGCAGCGGGAGCAGCGGGACCCGGGAUGCUGAGCCCAGCGACCCCCCGACGCCCCAGCCUGCCUGCGGCGACCUGGGCAUGACCGGAGGGAUGCUGCUAGACCUGGCCGUCAAGCGCCCCGUGGUCAGGUCGAAAAUCAAGUUUACCACUGGCACCUGUAAUGAUGCUGCACUGCAUAGCUGCGAGCUGUGUGGCAAAGGCUUUCGCUUGCAGCGAAUGCUCAACCGUCACAUCAAGUGCCACAGCCAAGUGAAGAGACACUUGUGCACCUUCUGUGGAAAAGGCUUCAAUGACACUUUUGAUCUGAAGAGACAUGUCCGGACCCAUACUGGAAUUCGUCCUUACAAAUGCGAGGUUUGCAACAAAGCGUUCACCCAGCGCUGUUCCCUGGAGUCCCACCUCAAGAAGAUUCACGGUGUGCAGCAGCAAUAUGCCUACAAACAGAGGCGAGAUAAACUUUACGUGUGCGAAGACUGCGGCUACACAGGCCCCACGCAAGAGGACCUAUACCUGCACGUUAGUAACGUUCACCCUGGAAGUGCUUUCCUGAAAAAAACCUCAAAAAAACUUGCAGCAGUUUUGCAAAACAAACUGAGCCCUGUCCUGCAGAGGAACUCCAAGGAUGAUGACAAAGAUGAGUAAUGCAGUGGAUUACAGUGGUCUACAGGAAUGAAGUUUACAUGUAGGAUGAGAUAUAUAUAUAUAUAUUAUUUUUUUUAAACAAUUUUGAAAAAAGUACCUGCAAUUAAAGGGAUGCUUUAGUUGAUGGGACUCUCUUGUUGCUAGUAGAACCUCAACUGGAAAGAAAUAUUCCCAUUUAUGAUGGAAACAUCAAACUUUUUUUAUCUGGCCAAUAAAAAUGGAAAGCUUGGAAGAGGCUGUCACCUCUCAGAUGGAAUAUUUACUGAACUGACAUUUGGGCAAUCUGUCUUCCGUUUCAGCUCUACCACACAUCAGCUGCCACUAAGUUCACCUUUCCCCCUGCCACUAAGUUCACCUUUCCCCAGUGUAUUUUGUAAAGUUAAUUUCUGUUACCUCCUGUACCAAUUACUUUUGAGAGGUUUGAGUAAAAAGUGCCAGGUAAGAAGAGCUACUAGUACAUUGUUCUAUGCAAAUUUAAUUAAAGUGUCUUAAGAGCAAGAGUACAUUGUAUUGGUAAAUAAGUUAAAAUGUGCAAAUAACCUUAACUCUGCCCCCGUGCAGUAGCUAACAAUUUAUGGAAGGGUGAUCCAAGGUGAGUUGAAACUCUUCUGAAAGGAUGCAGAACUUUUCCUCCCAAACUUUCUCUACUGGCAAAUUACAUUAUUCCAGGGCAGACUUUUGGUUUUGCUUUAGGUACUUUAAGCCAUGAACUUACUCUUAUGUUUAGAUGCAAGUGGAACCUUAACUCUGAUGUUCCUGGACUUGUCAUGCUUUGAGGAUUAUUACCACAUCCUUUUAACAUACAUUAAUAUCAACCCAGAAACCCAAAGAAAACUUGAAGAUAAGUAUUUUCUGUCAUGAUGAAAUGCAGUUUUGUCUGUAUUUUAUGGAGGGGGGGAGGGAUGUUUGGGGAUUUUUUUUUGUUUUAUAAUCAAAUGCUUUGUCACUAAUACAACAGAGCAGUGCAAUGCAGUGAAAAGGGGGACUUAGCCUGUCUCUGCUUCACCAGAUCAGUGCAAAACUGCAGGCACGAAUCUGGCUGCUCAUCUGUAUCCACUGUCAGUUUAGAAGGGUCCUAGUGAGACUGAUGCUACCAGGGAAGGAUAUGAUGAUGAUGAUGAGGGACUGGUACUACCUCUCUGUGCUUUUGGAUUUCUGUAGUCCCACUCCAGCUCCUAUUGACCCAGGACAGUUAAGAGGGUAGCCUGUGGGGACUACUGAGUGUGAAUUUAGAGAUUUAAAAAAAAUAAAGCUGUACAUUUGGGGAGGAUAUGCUGUAUUCUAUAUAUGUUGAAACAACGGCUGAAAUUAAGCCACCUAAAAUACAGAGUGCAGCAUAGCCAGGACUUUCAUAGUCAUUACUGCUAAAAUGAGAGAUUCUGAGCAAUUUUGCAAGAAUUGUAAAAAAUCUUUUCAAUUUGCUUCAGUUUUCUGAGGCAUCUGCUUGGGUUUUUGUGGGGAAAAGAUUCUAAGGGUUUUAAAGCAUUCCUAAUGAUAUUAAUACUUUAUUCAGCACAACUGUCGGUGCCUGGGACCUUGAAAGCAAGGAUAAUAAAGUGAUGCUACUGUGUUAAGAACAAACUUGUCAUUCUCAGGAAAGUUCACAGAAUAAUAAAUGGGAAGUUGCUGGGAAAAAAACAUCUGAGGUAAAGUAGAAGAUCCUGACUUUGCGAAAAGCUUAUGCACUGAUCCCCAGUUCUUUGGAUAUCAUGCCAUUACAACUGAACAGUAUAAAGAGAAGGUUGCUCACUCUGAACGAAGCUUGCUUGCUGGCAAAUAAUCACAAAACUGCUGGGCUAAGGAAAGCAUUAACAGCUAGUUCAGCCAGUUGUGCUGGUGAGACUCCUCCAUAACCUGCUCAAUGAGGCCUCAGUCAUGAAACUGCUGAGUUCUGCUCCAGGGCGGGACUGUUUAGGACAGUCCCUCUGAGCAAAGAGAC